UCUGAGGGAUGCAGGAGGGGCAGAGUGGAAAAAAAGACAAAUAUCAUCACUCCACUCCUCCGAGGGAGGGACUUUAGAAGAUGGCGUGUUGUCAUGGCUGAAAAAUGUGCGGCCAGACGUUUCCGAGCUGAGCGCCUGAAGUUGGAGCGCAUCCGAGCACAUAUGCAGGCGCCGGUUCAUGGUGUUGAAUGGAUCCCGCUGUGCUCAUCUUCCUGCUCUACGUGAUGAUUGCGCACGACCUGAUCUGCGGAUUGAUGCAAUACCGCAGACAGAGCGCCAGACCCAAAAAACCCGCAUCUGGACCUUUGCUGUGCUCGAGCUCCAGGUUGGGUCAGGGAUUUUUGAGGACAAACCGUCUGUCAGAAGGUGCUAGCCGAGGAGGGAGGGACCUGAGAAAAACCGGACGAAUCGUCAGAAAAUUGUAACAAGGACACGAGUUAAUCUGACGGAAACUGAACAUACAGAACAAGCAGCUUCUGGACUCUAAUUGUGUUCAGUGAGCUGCGAGACUCUCAGCUCAGCAAACAGUCACUCAGUAUCAGCAAAAGGUCUCCUCCAGCACAGCGACUGGGAACCUUUGAAAUGUCACAUUGCAGGACGUUUAAAUACCACAAACAGGUUCAGGUUCAUCACUUUCUGGGCUGACAGCCACAGCCGAAACUACUCGUCAAGCCACCUGUUGUAAAGACACCAUGGCGUCGGUAUCCAGCAGCUCUCGUCUCAACAAGGCGGUCCGGCAGCAGUACAUGAAACUGCCUCAGGGGGAGAAAUGCCAGGUUACAUACAUCUGGGUGGAUGGCACCGGAGAGGGGCUCCGCAACAAGACAAGGACCCUGGACUCGGAACCAAAAAGCAUUGAAGAUAUUCCUGAGUGGAACUUCGAUGGAUCGAGCACCUACCAGGCUGAAGGCUCCAACAGUGACAUGUACCUCAUUCCAGUCUGCAUGUUCAGGGAUCCUUUCACCCUGGACCCCAACAAACUCGUCCUCUGUGAGGUCCUUAAAUAUAACCGCCUACCUGCUGAAACCAACCACCGGCACACCUGCAACAAAGUGAUGGAGCAGAUUAAGGAGGAUUCCAUGUGGUUCGGCAUGGAGCAGGAGUACACACUCCUGGGAAUAGAUGGGCAUCCAUUUAGCUGGCCUCCGAAUGGAUUCCCAGGGCCUCAAGGCCCUUAUUACUGUGGAGUGGGAGCAAACCAUGCAUAUGGACGGGACAUUGUGGAGUGUCACUACAAAGCCUGCCUCUACGCGGGGGUUAAUAUCUAUGGUACCAACGCUGAAGUUAUGCCCUCCCAGUGGGAGUUCCAGGUAGGCCCCUGCGAAGGCAUUGAGAUGGGAGACCAUCUGUGGAUGGCUCGUUUCCUUCUGCAUCGUGUGUGUGAAGAUUUCGGGGUGGUUGCAACGCUGGACCCCAAACCGAUAAAAGGCAACUGGAAUGGUGCCGGCUGCCACACAAACAUCAGCACCAAGCAGAUGAGGGAAGAUGAAGGACUGAAGUACAUCGAGCAGGCCAUAGAAAGGCUUAGCAAAAAGCACAGAGAGCACCUUCAGGUGUACGACCCACACGGAGGCAAUGACAACAUGAGGCGCCUCACGGGUCUGCAUGAGACCUCAAGCAUCGAGGACUUCUCUGCUGGCGUCGCCAACCGAGGAGCCAGCAUCCGCAUCCCCCGACAGGUGGGCCAGGACCGGAAGGGCUACUUCGAGGACCGCCGCCCUGCAGCAAACUGCGACCCCUACGCAGUGACAAUGGCUCUCGCCCAAACCUGCCUCCUUGAUCCAAUGGAGGAAAAGGAGACCAAGUAGAAAGAAUUAAAUAAAUGCACAGGCAGAUCCCCCAGCAGAUUCUAUAAGGAGAUUGUUUUUACACAAGAUAACUACUACUAUGAAACAAGUACCAGAUACAAAGCCUUGCACUUGUCUUUCCUUUUGAUCUUUUUCACAUUUUCUCCUCCUACAGCAACACAUUUCCUAGUUUUAUGGGACAGAUUUAUGCAAAUUGGUGCAAAAUGUUAGUUGAAAGAAAUCAUUACACAAUUUAAAUAAUAUAAGAUAAAAAAAUCUCUGUACAAGUGGGACAUGCAUUUGUGUUUAGAACCCAAAUAGUUAGUAAAUAGAUAGUAAAGCAACAUUUUUCUGCUAAUCUAGCAAAGUUACUUUAUUCUAUUCAUUUGCAAAAUGUCACCUAAUUAAUUUGUGGGAAACAACAAAUUAGAGAACUUUUCAGAUUGACUUUGAAAAUGUAUCUCAUGCCACACAUUUCGCCCACUAAUAGUUUUCUUGUUGACAGAUUCUCCCAUCUGAGUCUAGGAUCUAUGCAGCUGCUAGGAGCUCUGCGGUGCUCUCCAUCAAACCUCUGAGAUCUCUGAGAAAGAAAAGCUCCAUCACACACACACAGAUGACAUUUUUAAAGCAGAAUUUUAUUUAGGAGCAUCAGAGGAAAAUGGGCAAAACACAAAUGCAGGUCAAACUUUACAGAUAUUUAUUUGCCAAGAACUGAUUAUUUCUUCACUUCAUUUGGGUCCUGCUUGGUGUUGAUCUAUCAUAUAAAAGCUCAGUUAAGUUCAAGUCCUUGGUUGUAAUGUAAGAAAAUCUUUAAGAAGAUAAUGUGAGUUGGAUAUUUUUGCAAAGUACUGUACAUUGUAAACAUAGAAAAAAAGAAAUGAUUAACAAACAGAUGGAACCAAACCACAAACAGACAACAGCAAUGAGGCACAAACACAAUACAAACACAGGCAGAUUUAGUCCAAGCAGUGAUCAUUUCCUCACAGCAAAAGAAAGGAUAGAACCUUAAUUUACCGGUAAAUGAAUCGCUGUCAAAACUUAAUGGUGACACAAAAGGCACAAAAACACAAUUCAGUUAAACAAAGGUGGAAAAAUUAUCAAAGAGUUGUGAGUUUUUCUACAGACCAGUAACAGAAAAGGGCAUCCAGGACAUGAAUGCAUGCAAAUAACUAAAGGAGAUGCAAAACAAGUUCAAAUAGAGUGUAUCAAAACUCACACACAACGAGCAACAAACCGUCUUACAUAAUUUAUUAGUAAGACAGAGACACAACUACACUAAAAGUGGUAGAAAAGUAAAAUCCAACAAAACCAGCUUCAAUCAUCAUUCGUUUAAGGUGUCCAGUUCAAUGUGUUUUUCAACGUGUUUUUCAUUCUGCUGUCUCACAAUCCGUCCAUGCCUAUAAGCUGCCUGUUUGUUAAAAUUCUGUAGCAUCACUACAACAUGAUCAGAUCCGUCUGAUAGUUUACUGUGGAUCACUGAACUGGCAGCAUCGCUGGUGUGUUUAUCCUUGUGCUCAGACAUUAACUAUUUGGAAAAAGCUUGAAUUAGAUGGUUUUUAUUGUUGUUUGUUCUUGUAUUUGUAUAAAAUGAGAAGUGCUUUUGCUGUAUGUUAAACUGUUUCACUGUUAAAAGUAAAUUAAAGAU